AUGGCUCAAACCAAACAAUCAGCGCGCAAAAAUGCCUCUCCCUGCACACCACCCUCUUCAUCUUCUUCAUACGAAUCUGUUGAGUGUUCACCCUCUCCACCACCUCGACCAACACCACCACACACCUCCUCCGCCUCUCCUCCUUCUAACACCAGUCAAGAAAUCCUCAAUCUCAUCCCUCUGUCUACUUUUCUUCCAUCAUUGUAUACUCGCCCCACACCAAACUUUGCUCAAGUGCCUCCGCAUUUACGCACUCAAAACACUCAUCCUCUACGCUCCAUGCGAGUUCAAUCUGGAAUUGGAACUUCAAAACCAUUGAACCCUAAACCUCAUUAUUUCAUCAUCUCAGAUUCUAAGAGUGAUGAUUCCUCUGAUUCAUGUUCCCCAUCAGCAAAACCACUAACACAACCUGAGCCAUCAACAAACACACUAAUAAAAACUACGCCAUUAGCAACAACACCACCACCACAACAUCCAUCAUCAACUUCAGCACAAGCACCAUCAAACACUAAACCUUCCACCCCUUCAAAAUCUACUUUAUCCUUUGAACUCUCGCAAUCAACUCCUCCACAUCAAAAACGGAGAUCAAUCAAUGACAUUGUUACCCCUCCUACCAAACAAAAUGAACCCCUCUCUCAACCCAAACCACAAACUAAAAUCAUGAAAACAAAAAUCACAAUGAGCAUCGCUCAAUACCUUGCUCAAUCCUCUCCUCAUCCACAACCUUCCCCACAAACACACACCAAACAUUCUCCAUCUCCUCAGUCCUCUUCUCCUUCCACAUCAUCUGCCUCUGAAUCGUCUCCUCCCUCUAAGAAACCCAAACAGACUACUCCUCCUCUGAUUUCCCCUGAAAAAUCUAAACUUUUCAAAGAAAAAUGGGCUCAACGCCCAGUUGAGAUUGGACGAGUUUUUGUUUUUGACAAUCUCGUUGUUGACGACAAUGUUGUUCAACAUCACACUGAUGCUCUUGGAUGGACAUCCUUCUUAAAAAUAUCGGAAUCUUAUUACCCAGAUGUUGUUCGUGCAUUUUAUUGUAAUGCCAAGACAUUUGCUGACAAAUCUCUCAUCAUUUCUACGAUUAAGGGAGUGGAAAUCAAACUGACUCCAAAUAUUCUGGCCUCCAUUCUUCAGUUACCAAAAGAAGAUCCAUCUGUUUUUGGUGACCACUAG